AGUGAAGAUAGUGACGAGUAGAGCCGUGUGGGCAACGUUGGCGGCUUAUUUCAGCUCUGAAUAUUGGAGGCACCGUGAGCAGUGUCUUGCACAGCAUUACCAUUUCUCCUGGAGGAAGCUGAUGACUGACUAGCACCUGCAACCAGGUUUCACAUGAGACCUGCCUGCUGGACCAGGUGCUGGAGCUGAUUAUGCACGAGAAGCCUCCGAACAGUGCCAGUCUCUUCCUAAACGAGGACUCAGACAAGCCCCCAGUGCCAGAGAGGGGAGCCCUGAGGAGGCGCAUACGGCGGGCCAUGGAGCGCAGGGCAAGCGGAGUCCGGGAUCGCAUCAACUCCUUCAGCAGAGAUGCACUCAAAAUGUUUCUCAAGAGAAACCUGUUUGUGCUUUUCACUGUUGCUGCUGUGGCUUUGGGCGUGAUCCUGGGAUUUGCACUACGCCCUCACAACCUGACGCUGAGGGAGAUCAAAUAUUUUGCCUUUCCCGGAGAGCUGUUAAUGAGGAUGCUGCAGAUGCUAGUGCUGCCUCUUAUUGUCUCCAGCUUGAUCACAGGUAUCUCCUCCCUUGACAGCAAAGCAUCUGGUAAAAUGGGAGUUCGAGCAGUGGUUUAUUACAUGGUGACCACUCUGAUCGCUGUUUUCAUUGGGAUUGUUAUGGUGAUCAUCAUACACCCAGGUAAAGGCAGCAGAGACAGGCCCAUCGACAAAACUGGAAGCAUUGAGCCUGUGCAGGCCGCGGACGCUUUUCUGGACCUCAUCAGGAACAUGUUUCCUCCAAACCUGGUAGAAGCUUGUUUUAAGCAGUAUAAAACCGUGUACAAGAAGACUGUCCGUACUCGCAAUGUUACAGUGGCUCUAAACCUCACUGACUCCUUCAACAUCACAGAGUCCAGCCCCAGCCUCAACCUGAGCCAAGUGUUUCAGACCAUCCAGGAGACCGUGGAGGAGACUGUGCCUGUGUCUGGCUCCUCUGGGGGGGUGAACGCUCUUGGAUUGGUGGUCUUCUCCAUGUGUUUUGGUCUGGUCAUUGGGAACAUGAAGCAACAGGGUCAAGCGCUGCGAGAUUUCUUUGACUGUCUGAACGAAGCAAUCAUGAGGCUGGUGGCUAUUAUCAUCUGGUACGCUCCUGUGGGUAUCAUGUUUCUGAUUGCUGGGAAGAUUGUAGAGAUGAAGAAUCUGGCUGAGGUGGGCGGGCAGCUGGGCAUGUACACUGUGUCCGUCAUUAUUGGUCUGCUCAUCCAUGGCCUGUUUGUUCUGCCACUUCUCUUCUUUGCGGUGACACGGAGAAACCCGUACAGCUUCAUCGGGGGCCUGCUUCAAGCUCUCAUAACUGCGCUUGGAACAUCCUCCAGUUCUGCCACUUUGCCCAUCACUUUCCGGUGUCUGGAGGAGAACAAUCACGUGGACAAGCGUGUGACACGAUUUGUGCUUCCUGUUGGGGCCACCAUCAACAUGGAUGGGACUGCCCUGUAUGAAGCAGUGGCUGCCAUUUUCAUAGCCCAAGUCAAUGGCAUGGACCUAAACUUUGGACAGAUCCUCACCAUUAGUAUCACGGCGACUGCUGCCAGCAUCGGAGCAGCAGGCAUCCCCCAGGCCGGCCUGGUUACCAUGGUGAUUGUAUUGACAUCGGUAGGACUGCCCACGGAGGACAUAACACUGAUCAUCGCCGUGGAUUGGUUCCUAGACCGGCUACGUACCACCACCAAUGUGCUGGGAGACUCUCUGGGGGCCGGCAUUGUGGAGCACCUGUCCCAAGACGAGCUGCAGAAUCAGGAUCCUGAUGUGCGAAACUCUGUGAUCGAAGUGAAUGAGAAGCCCUACCAGCUCAUCUGCCAGGACGACACAGUAAACCACCACAACAGUGAGACUCCCAUGUAAGGGCUGCACCAAACAAAAAAUAAAACCAGCUACAUCACUGCCAUAGUAAGAAUUACAUAUCUUAGGUGUCCAAAAGACACGUUAGUGUAGACAAGUUAAUAUUAUCCGUGUAGUUGUCAAAAUAAAUCAAUAGUAUUUGUAUUUGUAUACCUAUAAUUACUUUUUUUAGUCUUUUCACAACUGUUUUCAUAACUGAUCCUCAGACCAAUUAGCUUUCUUAUCCAUAAGUAUGAACAGAUACACACAUGUCAAAGGACACGCAGGUGGCUGCCUUAUCAUAUCUAAAUGUUAUGUGUUUUUCAAUAUUAGAAUAGAAGCUUUGUGUUGCUGAAGUGACCAAAACGUUUUGUUUAUUUUUCUAUAGUAAGCAAUGAUACUGUUUUAGUAAUUUCCUGCCAUGACAGUAAUAGUUUGAAUGUAUGUACAAAGACUAUUUUAAAAACAGCUCAUGUUUGUAGUUUGCAUCUCAAUAACAUUUAGAGCCUGACUGAGUUCACCAGUGCUGACUACCUCUAUCAAACUGUAGACCAGUAGAGCCCUACAGUGAGUACACUGCUGAACAUAUGUAAUGUGUAAAUAUAACAUCGGGUCCAGUAUUUAAAAGGUAAGAAUAGUUUUGUUUUUAAAGUUUGCCUGCACUGUACUAUUUGAAUGUAUCGAAUGUUAAUGAAAGGCCUUUAAUGCUGGUUUAUUUGUUCAGGUAAAUAUUGGUUAAAUACUUCUUUGUUUUAUUUUUAUUUGCUUUGCUUUGGCUUUUUUAAUGGGAGCAUGAUUGUGUUAUGGCAGUGUAUUUAUUCUAGCAAAGACCUUUUUAAAUUUAUCAUUAGAAGUUUGUUCAGCCCACUACUGCUGCUGGGAAUGUUUUUUGUUUGUUUUUUUAUGUGAAAAAGAAUGUAAAUAGAGACUCUAAAUGUGCAAUUAUUGUAAUCUUUUUGGUGUUGACUGUUAGAGAAGGAUUAGUAACUACUCUGAGAGUAAUCAGUUAUUGAACUUUUAUGUAUUUUAUUUGAGUGCUUUUUCAUUUUUAGAUGGAAGAUUUGAAAUUGGAUAAAAUAAAUGUCUCAGGAAUUUA